UAGGGGUAAGUCUACGUAGGUUGUGGAAAGUCGAGACUCACUUGUUAUGCACUGCCAGUAGCCUACUUGAUUUCGAACAGCGACAUAGAGAUUGCGCUGCGAUACACCGUCACCACAUGCAACUUGCCGCGUCAAUUCAAACUUUACUCUCCCGUUCAUUCUCUAUGUUCAAACUUGGAUCUCACCCCCAGACUACUCCAAUCCCUUGAAGUGACAAUCCACCACGUGUUCUCACAGUGACAGUCGAUUAUAAACAAUCUGAACAUUGCAUCGCUCUCGCGUGUGCUUCUCUACCAAUAGGACCGCUUAAUUAUUUAUUAUUGUGAAGGAAUUCAGUAAUUUAUGGUUAAAUGGACUUAUAAACAGUUCAAUAAGCUGCUACUAGAUUGAAUAAGUAGCCAAGUUUGGAUAGACGUGACGUAAAGACGAUCAAGACGGCUUCCUAUUUUCCAGAUAUUUAUCGUUCGAAGUCGAGUGUCAUUACUUCUGAGCCACCGGCGGGAUUUCAACUAGGAGUCGUCAAUUCCGAAAUCCGAAUAAAAUAUCAAAAAUUCAUAUCUCCGGAACUAAAAGUGCUAGGACUUUUGACGAAUCAGGAUGCGAGACUGACAUGGCAGAGGGCAGUGUAGAAGAGGAUAACAGUGACAUGCUAGGUCCGACAGCGCCAUCUAUACAGCAAACUCACGUUCCGCCAAGUUCUAAUGAUAUAAAAGAUGAGGAGAGUGACUGUGAUAGCAUAGUUAGUUCCCCAGAACCAGCCUAUACUAUGGGGAUCGAUUUGGGAUCUAAUAAUGGUAAAUCUUAUUCCAACAGAAUGAAAGAAGAAGAUGCAAUAAACGAACCACAAGUUCCCCCUCACAAAUCUCACAUGAAUGGUGCAAUGGCUGGUCUGAUGACAUUACAAAAUUUGGCUUCAAUUCAACAAAAUUUACCCUUGGCGUCCAAUGUGCAGAAUAUAACUUCAAUUGGUACAAAUAAUUCUGCAAAUACACCCCUCAAUCUCAGCGUCAGUUCUUCUGCUGCAACGCCUAGGAGUAACCAAAUCUCAACACACAAAAUGGAGAAUCUGUCGAAUAUGCUGCCUAAUCCAAUAUCUCAGCCUGCAGCUGCCAACGGUCUUCAAGCAACUCCUAACCCAAUGCUUGCGGCACAGCAACCUGUACUUAUGCCUCAAAUGAUUUUAGCAUCAGGACAACUUGUACCUGGUAUACAAGGCGCUCAGCUCUUGAUUCCAACAUCACAAGGUUUAGUGACACAGACAGUCCUUACAAUUCCAGUUAGUCAUGUAAAUAGUGAGGAUCAAGUGGUCAAUCUGGCUUUAAGUAAUGGUCAAGUGGUUUCGACAACUCUCGCCAAUCUUCAGGCCAUGGCUCACACUAACUUAUUAAACAAUACAGCUGCAGCGGCUGCAGCAGCUAAUCCAGUCACGAAUGGGGCUAUAGGACCUAACAUGCUAGCCAAUUCUGGACUCUCGCACCUCCUGAACAAUGGAGCAUCCCAAGUUAUUCUGCAAAACUUUCCGAAACUCUUGACCCCGCAUUCUCCAUCACAGUCUCUGCUCAGCAGUAUAAAUCAACCAGCUGUGAUUACUUCACAGGCGCAAAUGGCUUUGCAUAAUAAUUGUACUAGUCCACUUAAUACGCCUCCUCAUAGGAAUCCAAUGGCUCCUUCGAAUCAUUAUGGCGAAUCCAAGUUACAUCAGUCAUCUCUGCCACAGAGCUGCACUCCUCCAAAUAUAUCCUCUUUGCCCUCUAUAAACGGAGAGCUGACAAUAACUCCAAGUCAUAGUCACAAUUCUAGUCAGAGUUACAAGAGAUCGCCGCCAAGAAGUGAAUCACCCUAUGGAAAUGACAACUCCUCCAACGACCUCAUGAUUGAUUCUCCAAAUCAACCUACCAUAAAUCAAGCAAAUAGUAAUGUUAUUGAUGGAAUCAAUCUGGAUGAGAUCAAGGACUUCGCUAAAGCAUUCAAGUUGAGGAGGUUAUCUUUAGGAUUAACCCAAACACAAGUUGGACAAGCUCUCAGUGUAACUGAAGGCCCAGCUUAUAGCCAGAGUGCAAUAUGCAGUGCCCUGGCUUCACAGAUGUUUGCAGCCGCGCAACUCACUUCUCAGCAGCAAGCAAUGUUCGAAAAGCUGGAUAUCACGCCAAAAAGCGCACAAAAAAUCAAGCCAGUUCUAGAAAGAUGGAUGAAGGAGGCUGAAGAUAGAUACAAAAGUGGACAAAACCAUUUGACUGACUUCAUAGGGAUUGAGCCUUCAAAGAAGAGGAAACGACGGACAUCUUUUACACCACAAGCUUUAGAAUUACUCAAUGCACACUUUGAGAGGAACACGCACCCGUCGGGUACCGAAAUAACUGGUUUGGCUCAUCAGCUAGGAUAUGAAAGAGAGGUGAUUCGAAUCUGGUUCUGUAAUAAGAGACAAGCUCUGAAGAAUACUGUGAGGAUGAUGUCAAAGAGUGUAGUUUAAACCUGUGAUUCACAAGAAACAAUUAUUAGUUUGUACAGUGUAUAUAAUUUAUACCAACCAACAAUGUAUAUUAUAUCAAUAACUUCAAAUGCUUGAAUCAUAAAUGGGUAUUAUUUCUAUGAAUAGAAAAUCGAAUGAAAAAUAAUAAUAUGAAAUACAUGUCAAUAUUGCUUAUUGAUUCACAACUAAUUGAUAUGGUUAUAUAUUUUUUUUGUAUUAUUUACGUCAUCAUAUUAUAUUUGAUAGUCCCGGAACUUUUCAUUGUUGAAAAUAUUAAUUUAUUAGUUUAUUUCUUUACUGUUUUUCCGAACAUUAAUGGCAUUGAAGAUUUGCAUCUAACGAUCUCCACAUUUUUUGAUGUGAGGAAAAAUAACCAUAGGUAUAUGGUUAUUGUUUCUACAAGAAUGUCUUCCACAAGUUUGAAUUUCAUAAACGAUAUUUUGAGAUGAGUGAGAUCUAUCUAAUUUGGAUCAAUGUGAGAGAAAGAUUGAAUUAAUCUUAUGAACAUUCAAUUCAGAUUUUGAUUAUUGGGAAAGGAGAAAUCCACAUUAUACUGUAUCCAUGAAAAAAGUAACAAGUAUUUACUGAAUGCUUGGAUGAUAUAGAAGUGAAUCUCUGAAUUUGCCUAAUCGAACAUCAUAAUUGUCGUAUCCAGUAUAUAAAUUUGUAUUCAUCGAUUGAUGUAUAUUUGAACAUAAUUAAUAUACAUAAGGAAAAAACUAGCAAAUUAAUAUUUAUGAAAUUCAAGUGAAUCAAAGAGGGUAUGGAUAAAAUGUGAUAAUUAUCUAUAUCUUGAAUUUGGAGUUCAUGCCGUUAGUUAUAUCAAAAAUCGAUUUGAUGAAUAGAAAUGAUGACAAUUUCAAACUUAUGGAUUCUACUAAUAAACAAUUCUCUGUCAUUGCUCUCCUUUGAACUCCCUUCCUUAUUUAUUUGAUUGAGGUCUUGUGAAGUCCCAUCAAACAAACCAAAGUUCCUACUAGUUUUAUACUGUAAUUUUGUAUAUAAACCCUAUUGGUAAUGAAUAUAGACGGCUAGAGAGAAGUGUUGGAUUAGGACUUAUUGUGAAACUAUCAAAAAUAAUAUCAUUGAUGUGAAUGUACUGUUUGUUUGUAGAUGUGAAAUAAAAUAUCUCACUGAUA